CCCCAGACACGGAGGAUACCGAUCAUGGGGCCGCGAAUCCUCCUCCUGCUGCUCUCGGUGGGCCUGGUCCUGACCGAGACCUGGGCCGGCUCCCACUCCCUGAGCUAUUUCGGCACCUGCGUGUCCCGGCCCGGCCUCGGGGAGCCCCGCUUCAUCGCCGUCGGCUACGUGGACGACACGCAGUUCGCGCGGUUCGACAGCGACGCCCCGAAUCCGAGAAUGGAGCCGCGCGCGCCGUGGAUGGAGCAGGAGGGGCCGGAAUACUGGGAAGAGAUGACACGAGAAGCCAAGGAAGGUCAACAGAGAUUGCGAUCAGGCUUGAACACCAUGCCCGGCCACUACAACCAGAGCGAGGCUGGGUCUCACACCCUCCAGUGGGUGUUUGGCUGCUACGUGGGACCAGACGGGCGCCUUCUCCGCGGGUUCUGGCAGACCGCCUACGACGGUGCGGAUUCGUUCAUCCUGAACGAAGACCGGCACUCGUGGACCGCGGGGGACACAGUGGCUCCUAUCAUCAAGCGCCAGUGGGAAAUCUCCUGUGAGGUAGAGGUCCCACGGAACUACCUGGAGGUCAAGUGCAUGCAAUGGCUCCUCAGACACCUGGAGACUGGAAAGGACACGCUGCUGCGCGCAGACCCUCCAGAGACACAUGUGGCCCAUCACCGCAUCUCUGAUCAUGAGGUCACCCUGAGGUGCUGGGCCCUGGGCUUCUACCCUAAGGAGAUCACACUGACCUGGCAGCUUGACGGGGAGGACCAGAUUCAGGACAUGGAGGUUGUGGAGACCAGGCCUUCAGGGGAUGGAACCUUCCAGAAGUGGGCGGCCCUGGUGGUGCCUUCUGGAGAGGAGCAGAGAUACACGUGCCGUGUGCAGCAUGAGGGACUACAGGAGCCCCUCACCCUGAGAUGGGAACCUCCUCAGCCCUCCAUCCCCAUCAUGGUCAUCAUUGUUGGCCUGGUUCUCCUCAUGGUGGCUGUGGUGACUGGAGCUGUGAUUUGGAGGAAGAAGCACUCAGGUGAAAAACGAGGGGGCUACACCCCGACUGCAAGCAGUGACAGUGCCCAGGGCUCUGAUGUGUCUCUCACGGUUCCUAAAGUCAGGUUCUGCUGCAGAAAGUGCUCCUGUCCCCUGUCUCGGCUGUGGGAGGUGCCCCUUAGAACACGCGUGCCACAGAUGCUUUACCUGGGUGGGGCUAAGGUUGUCCUGACCAAGGAGAGCACUGCUCACCUGUGUGCCCUCAGACCAGAAGUCCGGAAGGACUGGGUCCGAUGGAGAAGCCUCACCUCCCGUCUGCCCUGUGGAAAUCAGUCUGAGCUGAUGGAGGGAGAUGCUGCUGCUUGA